AAGAAAAAACACAAAAAUAUUUAUAUUUUAUAGAUUUUAUAAAAAAAAAACAAUUGUUAAACAAUUAUUAGUUUUGUGCAUUUAUGUAGCUGAACAAGUGUUCUUAAAUGAAAUUUACAAGUAGUAUACAAAUAUGCUGAAUGUUUUAAAAGAAUUUGUGACACAUUUAUUUUUGUGAAUGCCCUCCAGGCCCCCCAGAUUGCUGUGUUUAUAACCUAUAAAAAAUGUAUACAAAGUUAUAUAUUUCUGUAUUUCUUUUAUAUUGUCUUGUUAAAAUUAAAAAUGCCAAUGUUUGUUAUCCUAAUUAUUGUCAAAAUAAGACACUGUUAAAACCGGAAUUGGAAAUAUUGUGCCUCUUAACACCUGUAGAGAGAGGUGAAGAAUCUGGAAUGCUGUGCUUUCUGGCAUCUGUAGGAAAGGAGAAAGAAUGUGUGCAUUUAAAAUUCGACAAUUUAGGACAUUUGCCACCACAAGGAGUUCCUUUAGUAAACUUGAAAUUAUCAGCUUAUGUAGUGGUCGGAAAUUCGGGAAAUUUUAAAGAUAGAGCAACUGCUUUUAAUCUUUCUAUAUCAGACAUUAAUUUUCGAAAGCUCGUGACAAGAUAUCAAAGUGUAAGUCAAGAAAAAUUGUCGGCAUGUCGUCAUGUUGAAUUUUAUGGAAAUACAACUCAACAAUGGCCAAAAGACUUUUUUGUAUCGUGUCCAUUUUCCGAUGAAACAUACGAAACAACGCCGUAUCGAUUGGAGUAUUUGAUAGAAUCUCAUAAUUAUGAAUACAGUCGAAAAUUGGUAUUUAUCGUACCAAGACACAGAUUUAUUGAUGACACAGUGCGUGAUGUGAAAAUGUUCACGCCUUUUGUUUACGUUGAUGUUUCGGAUACAGUGUCAUUGACAUUAUUUAUUCAAACCGUACCAGUAAGAUUAAAUAUUUCUGAAUAUCGAGUUUGGUUAAUAAAUAAUAAUACCGGUAAAGUAAUUGAUCUCAUUUUUCGAGACAAACGAAGUGGACAUAUUCAGCAUUCUUUCCCCGUUGAUGAGGGAGUUUAUUAUUUUAAAGUUGCAACAUUGCAUUCGGACUGCGUCGAAUAUGGCUGUGUAAACAGCACUUCACCUUUAAUUAGCAUAAAACAAGUUUCACAUCGUCUUUUGAUAAUGAUUAUAAGUGUCAUUUGGAUUCCGCCUGUUCUUUUAUAUGCAAUGUACCACGUCUACAAAGUCUACAAAAAGAAAGUGAUGUUAAAGGAAACGGAUGUAAAACCAAAUUGCCUGUUGGUUUAUUCGCCGACACAUUCCGCUCAUGUGCACGUCAUGAUCGAGCUGACGAAAUAUUUAAGAGGCUGCAGCAUAAAUGCAAUGAUUGAUUCAUUAGAUAUUCCAGAAACUACAAGCAAGGACCCUGGCCUCUGGUGUAAUGACGCAUUCCACAGUGCAGAUGUUAUUUUAAUAGCAUCAUCACCACCUCGUAGUGAUGUCACUGUUCCUGUGAUUUAUCUUAACAUGGACAAACAAUCUUUAAGAUUGCUCAAAGAAAAUUAUCCUCAGGGCGAUAAAAAUUAUUAUUCCCUCCAGUUUCCUUACUGUGAAUUGGACAGUGUCCCACAGGAAGCUCGACAUUUUAAACGAUUUUUUCUUCCUGAUGAUUUAGAGAAACUCGUGAAAACUAUUCACAAAGUUGAGAGCAUCGAAAUCUUUGGGGUUUCGUCAAGAAAUUUUAUUGAGGCGGUAAAAGUCGCCAAAAUCCAAGUUCUUCAUGGUGAAGACAAAAAUCCAAGAAAUUUGGACGAGACUGAUAAUCUUUUAAUGCCAGUGAGCAAGGAGACAUUUUUCGAUCUGAAUCAUGAUAAAGAGACUGAUGACAAGGAUCUGAAUAUUACGGACGGAAGUGUGAGUCCGAAAUAUUUCAAAACAAAUAUCGAAGAGCUCAACUUACUCGGCGACAAUGUUGAUGAACGAAACGAUCCUUACGUGACUCCUAAUGAUGAAUCUGAAUUUCAUAUUGAUAAGUUAGAUUUGUAAUCUCACUUUUUUCUUUAUUUUUAGACUGAUCUCGAAGACUAUGUUUGAUUUUUUUAAUUCAUUAAUUUCAUUAAUUUUAUUAAUGAAUGAAGAAUUUAUUUAUUUUAGGGAAAAAUUUUAAUCGAAUUUGAAGGUUGGUGUAAAUAAGUGCAAAACAAUUUUCACAGUUUAAUAUUCUUUUAAAUUGAAAUUUUCAAUGAAUUGAAUAUUUUUUAACUAAACAAGUAUUUAUAUUUUGUAAUAUUAUUUUUUAUUUGGCACUAUUUUUCCUAUAUAUUAUUUUUUAAUCGGAAAAAUUGUCAUUGUCAUUGUGAUUGUUUGAUUUGUGAGUUUGUAUAAAAUUUACAAGUCAAAAGACUUGAAAACAUUUUUUACUAAGAUUUUUAAAUAGUUUUAUUAAAGUAAGGAGAGUUCUAUAACAUUUCCAGAAGAAAAUUGUUAAAUUAUUUUAAAAUUAUGACUCGAG